CCGACCCGGGCUCGCACCUCGGCACUCGCCCUCGGCAGACUCGUCCAAGCAGCACACGAGCCUACACGCCACACGCUCUCGCCAAGCCGCUACACCUACCAGCCGCGCCCGCCAGCAUGCAGCGCUCCGAGAUGCCGACCCAGCCGCCGCCGGCCAAACGACCCGCCAGCACGGCCGCGAGCCUGAUUGCCGGGUCCGCCGGCGGCAUGUGCCAGGUCAUCGCGGGCAACCCGCUCGACGUCCUCAAGACUCGCGCGCAGCUCGCCAAGCCGGGCCAGUUCAAGGGCACCAUGGACAUCGCCCUCCAGACGCUGCGCAACGAGGGCAUCCUCGCCUUCUACAAGGGUGUCACGCCGCCCUUGGUCGGCAUCGCCGCCGUCAACUCGCUCCUGUUCGCCGCCAACACGGCCGCCCGUCGCCUCCUGUCGCCCUACCCGGACCAGCUGUCGAUCCCGCAGAUCAUGGCCGCCGGCUCGAUGGCCGGCUGCGUCCAGGCCGUCCUCGCGAGCCCGGUCGAGAUGUUCAAGGUCCGCCUCCAGGCCCAGUACGGGCCCAACCCGAAGCGCCUGCGCGACAUUGUCGGCGACAUGUACCGCAAAUACGGCUGGAAGAACGGCAUCAUGCGAGGGUACUGGAUCACGUUCGCCCGCGAGAUCCCUGCCUACGCCGGCUUCUACGCCGGCUACGAGUGGUCCAAGCGAGCGCUGCAGAAGAAGCUCGACACGCCGUCGCUCCCCGUGUGGGCGACGCUCACCGCAGGAGGCGUCGGCGGCCUCGGCUACUGGACCGCAUGCUACCCCCUCGACGUCCUCAAGUCUCGCAUCCAGAACGCCGAGCAGCCGCCUCGCGGCGCCAACUACAUCAUCAACACGUUCAAGCAGAUCUACCGGCAAGAGGGCGCGCGCGCCUUCAUCGCCGGUCUCACCCCUACUUAUCUUCGAGCGGUCCCGGCGGCGGCAGCGACGUUUGUGGCGUACGAGCUCACGAUGGAGUUCCUCGAGGAGCACACGUCGAUUUGAGGACCCCUCUUUCUCGGCCACCUGGCGCCUCUCCUU